UCCUGUGCCGCAUCCGGGGGGGAUCCUGCAGCCCUGCCAACCUUGCGGAGCUGGGGUGACUGUUCCCAGUCUUUCCAUCGCGGGAAGAACCGCGCUGUACAGGACAAACUCGGCGCUCAGCUCCAAAACCUCUUGCCGUGGUGCAGCCGGGACUUCUAACCGCUGGUGUUUUCAGGUGACAUCCCGGCACGGCAGGGGAAGAGCAUCCAUUAGCCGUCCUCUUACAAGCACUCCAAGGUCUCGCACCUAAAGACUUUUGGGAGUUUAAGACAAAGUUAUCGGAGGUUCGUGCAGAAGGACGACGGAAUAUCCCCAGGGAUUCACUGGCAAAGGCCGCCAAACCUUGCGCGCUCAUCAGCUGCAUGGGCAAGAACUACAGCGAAGACGCCGCGAUGGACGCAGCGAUUGGGUUGUUCGAAGAGAUGAACCAGAGAGACCUCGCUGAGAAACUCCCGGAUGAGAAGGUGAAAGAGUACAAGCAGAAAUACAGAGAGCACGUGGCCCGGGAGUUCCUCCGGUACAAAGAUGUGAACUCCUGUCUCGGGGAGAACCUGUCCGUCAGCAGCCGCUACACCGACCUGACCGUCGCCAGGAAACCUUGGAGCAAGCGCGGAGGUGAGCAUGAAGCCGCGGGCGCCGGCCGUGGAUGUGCCGACAUCGGCAACGGACCAGCCACCGUCACCGUCACCGCGCAGACGCUGUUUAAACUCGAUGAAGAUGGGCAAACGCUGCAGGUCGUGGUGCUGGUGGGGGCCCCGGGGAUGGGGAAGACAAUGACGGUCAGGAAGGUGAUGGUGGAGUGGGUGGAAGGGACCCUCUACGCACAGUUUGACUACGUCUUCUGCAUAGACUGUAAAGACCUUGCCUUCACCAAGGAAGCGAGCGUGGCAGACCUCAUCUCAAAGUGCUGCCCUCACAGGCAAACGCCCAUUGGGAAGAUCCUGGAUGACCAGAAGAAGAUCUUGUUCAUUUUUGAUGGGUUUGAGGCCCUGGGACUUUCCUUGGUUCAGCCCACACGUGAGCUGAGCUCCGACCCCAGAGAAGUGAAGCCGCUGGAAACCACCCUGAUGAGCUUGUUGAAGAAGACUGUUCUCCCCAAGUCCUCCUUGCUCAUCACCACCAGGCCAACAGCCCUUCAAAGCCUGGGGCGGUGCCUGGAGGGCGCGUAUUACGCCGAAAUACUGGGAUUUUCGGCAGCCGUGAGGGAGCAGUAUUUCCACAGGUAUUUUGAGAACUACAGGGAAGCUGAUGCGGCCUUCAGGUUUGCCAGGGGCAACGAGAUCCUCUACAGCUUGUGCGUCAUCCCUGUCAUGAGCUGGACCGUCUGCACCAUCCUCGAACAAGAGCUUCACAAGAAGAAAAGCCUCGUCGAGUGCUCUAAAGCCACCACGCAGGUGAGCAUGUGUUACCUCUCCCGGUUAAUGAAGUGCAGAAGCAGGGACGACCCGCAGGACCUCCAGCGGUUCCUGCACAAGCUCUGCUCCUUGGCCGCUGAUGGCAUCUGGAAGCACAAGGUCCUCUUUGAGGAGAAGGACAUCAAGGACCGUGGCUUGGACCAGCCGGACCUUCUCCCCCUCUUCCUCAAUGAGAAGAUCUCAAAGAAAGGCGUAGACCAUGAGAACACCUACAGCUUCACUCACCUGCACCUCCAGGAGUUCUUUGCAGCGAUGUUUUACGUCCUGGAGGACAACGAGGAAAUGGUCGGUGACGCGGGGGCUCUCCUGAAGGACGUAAAUACGUUAUUAGAAAGCUCUAGCAAGUCCAGGAAGGAUUUGAACUUGACGGUGCGGUUCCUGUUUGGUCUGGUAAGCCAAAAAUCAAUAGAGUAUGCGGACAAAAUCAUCGGGUGCAGAAUUUCACCGCAAGCCAGGGAAGCUAUGCUGAGGUGGCUUCAGGGGAGGCACAGAGGCAUCUCCCAUCCCAGCCAAGCGCCGAAGGUUUCCGACUUGGACACUUUCCACUUUUUGUUUGAGAUGAACGAGGAAAGCUUCGUCCAAAGCGCGUUGGGUCGUUUCACCGACGUAGACUUGCAGGACGUCAAGUUGACCCUGUACGACCAAAUGGCUCUUUCCUUCUGCAUCAGGCAGUGGGCUGAGCUGGGCUGCGUCACCCUCCGGGGAUGCUCCUUCGACCAGGACGAUCCCGGGGAGGAGCCGGAUGCCUCAGUGCCUCGCUCCGGUGCCUCAGGACCUGGAGGACGUCCCCAUCCCCGUGUCCUCGCCGAGCGGCAGCGAGAGGAGCUGCACUCCCCCAUCCACCCGCUCUGCCAGGCCCUGCGGCACCCGGGCAGCGACCUGCAGGCACUCCGGCUGCAGUGGUGCGGGCUGUCGGAGAGCUGCUGCGCGGAGCUGGCGGCGCUGCUGGCCGAACACCCCAGCCUGGCCCGGCUGGAGCUGGGCGACGGCACGCUGAGCGACGGCGGCGUGCGCCUGCUGUGCGAGGGGCUGCGGCAGCCCGGCUGCCGCCUGCGCGUCCUGCGGCUGUGGUACUCCCGCCUCACCAGCGCCUGCUGCGAGGACCUCGCCGCCGCGCUGGGCACCAGCCCGUGCCUGGAAGAGCUGGAUUUGUCCUUCAGCGAGGGGCUGCGCGACGCCGGCGUGCAGCUGCUGUGCGAGGGGCUCCGGCGCCGCACCUGCCGGCUGCAGACGCUGCGGUUGGGGAGCUGCCGGCUGACGGGCGCCUGCUGCCGAGCCCUGGCCGCUUGGCUGGUGGAGAGCCCCAGCCUCGCCUGCCUGGACCUGAGCGACAACGAGCUGGGAGCUGACGGCGUCCUGCACCUCUGCCAGCAGCUCCGGCAUCCCGCCUGCUCGCUGCGGGCCCUGGGACUGAGCACGCCUGGGUUAAACGAGGAGGCGCUGCGGGAGCUGGCUGCCGUGCGGGCGCUGAAGCCCGACCUGAAGAUCGGGUACUUCCUCGAGCAGGACGUGCUGCAGGCGGGGGCCAUGGCCCGGCUGCCCUUCCGCCGCGGGGUCCUGCCCGGCGUGGGGGACCCGGGGGGCGGGAAGGUGCUCCCCCCCUUUAGGAGAGGGCUCCCCCCCUUUAGGAGAGGUCCUUGCAGCAGCCGGAGCCAGUUCUAGCCCGGUGCUGCCAAAGUGGGGGAAGCCGCCCCGGGUUGGAGCCUGCCCCAGGCGCGGGGGGACAGGGGGUCCCAGGACACCCCCCCGUGCCCUUCUCCUUCCUCCGCCGUCCCCACCGUGCCCAGGGCUGUGUCUGUGGGUCCAGCUCCUGCCCCACAGCCCCGAGGGAUGGCUGACGUACCCCGGAGCGAGGUGCCAGCCCUGGACACGAGGCUCCAAGCUUUUUAGUUUCAGGGUUUAAUAGAAAAGAGAAAUUCCCAGUGAAAGAGCAAUAAUAAUAAGAAUACUAAAGAAAC